GUCAUUCCUAUUGGGAAGAAUAUGGGGUAGGAGAAGGGGAGGGAAAACUGUUUCGUGUUUUAAGAAACUAGUUAAAAAUUGCUUUCCUGUUGAACCAGUAUCAGAAGCAUCCUUAUUCCCCCCUAGAAUACUCCUCUUUCUAGGUAUUAUCUCUAAUUGGAGUCUGUAAGUUUACAAAAAGAGUGUAGUGGGGCUUCCUACAUUCUGUUACUGUGUAAUACCGUGGUAAAGAACUGAGGUUGUGCUCUGAGUUUGGGGUGGGGGUUGUUUUGAUCUAUUUGAAGGAAAUUUAAGCCAGCCUAAAUAUGACAGGAUUAAGUUUGGCAGGCAACUCUUUACAUUUUGUAUUAGACUUCAAAAAUCUUUUCUUCUUCUUCUUUUUGUUUUGUUUUGUUUUGUUUUUUUAAUCCAGGAGAAUGCUUUAUUUCAACUUUUAGCUGACUAGAUGCUUAACUUAGUAACAAGUUUAGCCUAGCUAAAAGCAAAUCGGCUUGUUUCUCAGAUCUAUGGGGGAUAGCAAGAAACAUUUGAGUGAAUGUUGUUGAAGAUUUUCAGUAGUAUAGAAAAUGAUGGCGCUCUUGUGAUAUUUGUAAGUACAAGCAAGGAUUUGGCACAGACAUCCUAUUUCAUGGCUACCAACAGUUUGCAUCUUACGACCUUCUGUCUUCAGUACAAACCCACGGUGAUAGCAUGUGUGUGCAUUCAUUUGGCUUGCAAAUGGUCCAAUUGGGAGAUCCCUGUGUCAACUGAUGGAAAGCACUGGUGGGAAUAUGUGGACCCUACAGUUACCCUAGAGCUGCUAGAUGAGCUAACACAUGAGUUUCUACAAAUAUUGGAGAAAACGCCUAGUAGGUUGAAGAGGAUUCGAAACUGGAGGGCUAUGGCUAAGAAACCAAAAGUAGAUGGACAAGUAUCAGAGACACCACUGCUUGGUUCAUCUUUGGUCCAGAAUUCCCUUUUAGUAGAUAGUGUCACUGGUGUGCCUGCCAACCCAAGUUUCCAGAAACCUUCAACAUCAGCAACAUUUCCUGCUCCAAUACCUCUAAAUUCAGGAAAUACUUCUGUUCAAGACAGCCGUGCAUCUGAUAAUUUGUCAGUGCUGGCAGCAGGAAUGCCCAGUACCUCGUACAGUUUGUCGUCACACCAAGAAUGGCCUCAACAUCCAGAUUCAGCCAGGACAGACCCAGUAUACACACAGAAACAGGAGGCCACACUGUCUGGGAGCCAGUACAUCAGUUUCCAGCAGGGACCUUCAGUGACACUGCAUUCGGGAUUACAUCACAGGCCAGACAAAAUUGCUGAUCAUUCAUCAGCUAAGCAAGAAUACGCUCACAAAUCUGGUAGCAGUAAGCACCAUGGGCCCAUUCCUGCUGCUCCUGGAGUGGUUCCUCAGAAAAUGUCUUUAGAUAAGUACAGAGAAAAGCGGAAGCUGGAAACCCUUGACCUGGACACAAGGGAUCAUUAUAUAGCUGCCCAGGCAGUCGCAGGCAGCUCUGUCACUUCUCCCAUUAAAAUGAAACUUCCCAUCACCAACUCUGACAAACCUGAGAAACACAUGGCAGAGAAAAAGGAAAAGAGCGGCUCACUGAAGUUACGGAUUCCUAUCCCACCCCCUGAUAAAGGUCCCAGUAAAGAAGAGCUGAAGAUGAAGAUCAAAGUGUCAUCCUCAGAAAGACACAGCUCUUCUGAUGAAGGCAGUGGGAAGAGCAAGCUCUCCAGCCCACACAUCAACAGAGACCACAAGGAGAAGCACAAGGAACACCCCGCCAUCCGCCACCACAGCAGCCACAAGCAUUUGCACAUGCUCAGUGGAGGAGGCAGUAAGCAUGCUGCUGAUGGAAUGCCACCCACUGUGCUGAGGAGUCCUGUGGGCCUGGGCCCUGACGGCCUCUCCUCCAGCUCCAGUGCAAGGAAGAAGCUGCAUAUCAACGAUGCCUCCCACAACCACCACUCCAAAAUGAGCAAAAGUUCCAAAAGUUCAGGUAGUUCAUCUAGUUCUUCCUCUGUUAAGCAGUAUCUGUCCUCUCACAGCUCUGUUUUUAACCAUCCCUUACCCCCUCCUCCCCCUGUCACAUACCAGGUGGGCUACGGACAUCUCAGCACCCUCGUGAAACUGGACAAGAAACCAGUGGAGCCCCACGGUCCUGAGGCCAAUCACGAGUACAAUACAAGCAGCCAGCAUUUGGACUACAAAGACACAUUCGACAUGCUGGACUCGCUGCUAAGUGCCCAAGGAAUGAAUAUGUAAUCAUUUGUUUAGGUCAACUUUUCCUUUCCUUUUUAAUUUAAAAAUGGUUGGAAUGGAAAACUUCCUCCUGAUCCAGCAGUGGUGCCACUGCUUCGUAUUUGUAAGUGCUGCUUUAUUCUUCAUUCUGAAAAGAAGAGAUGAUAGUAAACAAGUCUUUCUCCACAUGAUAGUGUUACCAGUACUGUAAACGCAUGGAAGAUGCAGCUAAGAACAUUAGGAUGAAUGGCUGGCUGCUGCUAGGAAUCUAAGCUGCCUCAAGCUUUUGUUAUUUAUGAUUUGAAUACUGUAGCUGUUUUUUGUUGUUGCUUGGCUUUGAAUGAGUGUCAAUUGUUUUCUUUUGUGUAUUUAUACUUGUAUGUAUGGUUUGCAUGUCUCAGUGAUAAAGGGAUAAAACAGUAUACUGACAACUGUUUACAAGAAAGUGGAGAAAAAUGUACAUACAUUUUUGUAUGUUUAGAUAUUACCAUAAAUACUCAGGAUCGGAGCUGCUUGUAAGUAUAACUAUACAGAAUAACUUUAUUUUCUCUCGUCAGAGUCCAUCACUAAUCUUAAACACAAGUGGCACUUUUUUAUGUUAACCUUAAACUCUAGGCCUUACUGGAAGCCGCUGAGGGGACACUUCACUACUAGACGGGGAUGCGGUGCCACGGGUGGUCCUUAACACUGGGAAGCGCUCAGUUUGCCUUCAGAGGUUCUGACCAGAUUGGCUACAGAAUCAACCCUGAUUUCUGAAGGCCUGAAGAGGAAAAAAGACAAAAGUUUACAAUACACUUGAUGUGAAGUGCAUUUAAAUGUUUGCUGGUUUGUUGCAGUGCUGUAGAAGAACAGUUCAUAAUGGGUAUGAGGGUGACUGUGGCUUAAGUCACAGGAGCUCCCAGUAAAGAAUUUGUCCAUUUCUUCAAGAACUUUGACACUACAGAUUUUAACAGUGAACAGGGAUCACUUUUCCUUUAGCAUUUGCAGUGACACCAUAGUCUUUAAUAAACUCUUCCCAUGGAGAGAGAGUGAGUGAAUAUGUAUUAGUGAGAGAAAUACCAUAUUUCUUUUUCAGGUAAAUGCAGUCUUCCUUAUAAAAAUGAAAUUAAACCUAUGCUCUCUUGAUUCUUUUAUAUUCUGACAAUAAAUAAAAGAAAACCUUGCUGACUGUGCAUUGUACCUGUAUUCAUAGCUUAUGGUCAUUAUCAGGAAAACGUAAGGAAAAAGGCCAGCCUCAGGCAAGCCACUGCUGGAGGCUUUACAUUCGUUUGCACGUCUUAGUAGGUUCUCAUUGAGGUGACGCUUGCACUGUCACCUGACGUCUGGUCAGGGGAUAGGCUAACUUAUCUAAAUUUUGGUGUAAGCACCAAUAGUGUGGCUCUUGUCUGUUGCCUAAUGUUGAAUUUAUUUCUGUGGUAAGUCUUAGCUGUUGAGUCUCUUAAGAUGGGUCGGAUUCAACUUGUAUUGAAUCACAAUUUUCCCCUGUAUAUGAACUGUUAUAAAGCCACUGAUCUGUGCACAAUUGUAAUUUUAUUCAAGUAUGUUGUGGUUGUAAAUAUUAAGAGUUGAGCCUUGUACUCUACUUUUAUUUAGCAAUUACCUAAUUUGCCAGUAGCUGUUUGUUUGUUUCUUUGUUGUUUUUUUUUUUUAAGAAAAUUGUUAUUAUUUUGUCAAUGUUAUUUGAACUUGGGAUGUCAGGAGCCUCUUUGUGGGAACUCUGCUUAGCAGGCUCAUAGUCACUCUGUUCUUUUCUUGUCUUGCAUCAGUAAUCUGUUACUAUAUGAUUUUGUUGCUGUGUGGUAUACUAUUGUAUCAUAAACAUGGUGAUUCUGAUGCAGUUACAGUUUACUGUGGUACAUAUUCAAGAACUAGCAUAGAAUUAAACAGAGUGCAAGGUGAGGGAGGGAAGGGUUUUGUUCUUGGUGAUUUAGAUGUGAAACCUCGACAGAGCAUCAUGUGAACUGACAUGGGGUGGUCAUGCUACUGUAUCAUUGGGAGUGAUGCCAGGAAUUUUAAUCAGCUUUUGUAAAGAGCAUCCAGAGAAGUAGUGAACUUAUUUUCAGUAUGACAUAGACAACAAUGUGAAUAUUUAAGGUCUGGGACUGUAGUUAAACUUCACUAAGGAUUUUCAGUAAUGUGUUGUGUUUUUUUGUUUGUUUUGUCUUUUUUUAGAUAUGGGAAUAAAGGUAAUUUUGUUGAAUCUUAUUGGUGCUAAUGACGGACAGUUAAACAGAUAGUGUAUAUGCUGUGGAUCAGUACACUUAGUACUUCCAGAAUUGACUUUGAAAUGCUAUGUAUUCACUUUUCACUCUGUAAAUGUAAUUCUUUACAAUGACUAUUUAUUAAAAGGCAGUCAGUCGUGAUUUUUACAGGAUUGUGUGAACUAUUCAAACUCUUCAACCUCUGAACAAGAUGCUAAAAUCACAAUGGGGCAAAAUGUGUGAAUCCUCUUAGGUUUCCUUUCCACUAAAGAAAACCCUUGAUUCAUAUCACCAUGAAUUUGCUUGAAUCAUCUUGUUUGCAUAAAAUAGUUCAUCUGCAUGGUUCCAUUAGACUCUACCAAAGAAAAAAGACUCAAUGAAUGGACAUUCUCUUGUGAGUCUUGUAAGUAGCCAUAAAUAACCAAAAUAGUAUCAAACUUAGGUGUGAAAUUUCACAUGUGCGAAGUACUGUUAAGGUGAUAAAUUUUUGAUGAGUUUUUUAAUACUUGAAAAUAUUAAAAAGCAUUAUCUUUAAA